AUGGGUGAAACAACACCGACCGUGACAAUACCACCGACCGCGACAAUCAUGGAGACACGACGAACCAUCUCUCCAUACGAUCUGAGUGCCGCUGACAACCCUGGUGCGGUGAUUUCUCACCCACUCCUGAAAGGCACUAACUACGACGAAUGGGCAAUCGGUAUCAAAACCGCUUUAUGCUCUAGGAAGAAAUUUGGGUUCCUUGAUGGAUCCAUCCCUCCUCCAAGCGACGACUCUUCUGACCUUGAAGAUUGGUGGACUAUCAACGCCUUGCUGGUUUCAUGGCUGAAGAUGUCCAUCGAUCCAGUUUUGCGCUCCAACAUCUCUCAUCGAGAUGUGGCUCAAGACUUGUGGGAGAAUUUGAAAAAACGAUUCUCGGAGACAAAUGGUCCUCGGAUCCAGCAGCUGAAAACAGAGCUUGCUUGUUGCAAACAACGUGGCUUGGCGAUCGAGGCCUAUUUUGGCAAACUCAACAAGAUUUGGGACAGUUUGGCUGCCUAUCGUCCUCUACGUUCUUGUACCUGCGGAAAGUGUGUCUGUGACGUGGGAGCCAAGCAGGAGCUUGACCGAGAAGAAGACAAGGUUUAUCAAUUUCUCUACGGACUUGAUGAUACCUUGUUCCGCACUGUUCGCUCAAGCUUGGUGUCUCGACAACCCAUUCAGCCACUGGAGGAGGUUUACAACAUAGUGCGUCAAGAGGAAGAUAUGAGGAGACAAGGACAGAGCGACGACCAACAAGAAAUCACUGCCUUUGCCGCUCAGACCCGUUUUCCUCGGCGUGAUGAAAAAGACAAAGGAGUUCUGUGCAAACAUUGCAACAGAGGAGGACAUCCUUCGGAGAGCUGUUACGCACUGAUUGGUUAUCCCGAGUGGUGGGGAGAGCGACCUCGUUCUCGCUCAAUGCAAACUCGUGGACGUGGGAGUUCCUCUACGACAGGAGCGACGGGUCGUGGUCGUGGUACACCGUCGUUCGCCAAUGCUGUGCGAGUCAAUGCUUCUCCGACUCCAGAACGUGCUAAUCACGUUAUCACUGACCAGGACCGAGAUGGAGUUACGGGAUUGUCGGAUGAGCAGUGGCGUGCUUUGGUCGCUUUGUUGAACGGCGGCAAGAACACCACCACUGAAACCCUCACUGGUAUGAAUUCUCUUCCUUACUGGAUAUUGGAUACUGGUGCAUCGCACCAUAUCACGGGAAAUUUCGCAAUGCUGACAAAUGUUCGAGAUAUGGCUCCUGUGAUAGUCAUAUUAGCAGACGGACAUGAAAAGAUAUCUGUCAAAGAAGGGACAGUACAUCUCGGGUCUGGUCUGAUUUUGCAGUCGGUCUUUUAUGUUGAAGGGUUUCAAUCGGAUUUGAUUUCUCUUGGUCAGCUGAUGGAUGAGAAUCGGUGUGUGGUUCAAAUGGCUGAUCACUUCCUUGUUGUUCAGGACCGCACUUCGAGGAUGGUGAUUGGAGCGGGUAAGCGUGAGGGAGGGACCUUCCUUUUUCAUGGUGUGGAGACUGUGGCAGCGGUGACAACACGAACGGCUUACGACUUGUGGCAUAACCGUAUGGGUCAUCAGGCUCCGAAGAUAGUGGGUUUACUACCAGCUGUAUCUUUUUCUAUUUCUUCUGAAAUUUCGAAUAAAGCGUGUGAUGUCUGUCUCCGCGCAAAGCAAACACGAGCUUGUUUCCCAACUAGUUUGAAUAAAACAACUUCAAUCUUUCAGUUAGUACACUGUGAUCUUUGGGGUCCCUAUCGCACAUCAUCUCACUCUGGUGCUCGAUAUUUUUUGACCAUCGUCGAUGAUUUCUCAAGGGCAGUCUGGCUAUAUCUGCUCGUUGACAAGACAGAGGCACCUAUCCAAUUGAAAAACUUUAUCAAUUUGGUUGAGAGGCAAUUUGAGAAACAAGUGAAAACGAUUAGGAGUGACAAUGGUACCGAGUUUAUUUGCCUCUCAGAAUAUUUUCAAGGCAAAGGAAUUGUUCACGAAACCUCCUGUGUCGGAACACCUCAACAGAACGGUAGAGUUGAGAGGAAACACAGACACAUCCUUAACGUCGCACGAGCUCUCCGGUUUACCGCCAAUUUACCGAUUGAGUUUUGGGGAGAAUGUAUUAUCACCGCCGGUUACCUUAUAAACCGCACUCCGAAUCAACUACUGCAAGGAUCAACACCUUAUGAACGUCUACACAACUCCGCUCCACCAUACGAUCAUUUGCGAGUGUUUGGUAGCUUGUGUUAUGCACACAAUCAAGGUCAUAAAGGCGACAAGUUUGCUCCAAGAGGAAAACGGUGCAUCUUUGUUGGUUAUCCCCAUGGAAAGAAAGGCUGGAGGCUUUACGAUCUUGAGAAGAAAGCGUUCUUUGUUUCCAGAGAUGUGGUCUUCUGCGAAACUGAAUUUCCGUUUCUUACUCGUACAAAACAGAGGAACGAAGAAGAUGAUGACUUUGUGGGCUCUAACUUGUCGACUCCAAUUUUUUCUCCUAUAAUCAUUGAAGAACCUAUAGUUGGGCCCAUUUCCUCAGGCCCAGUCAUGGCCCAAACAGAAACACCUCCUUCUGAUCCUGAUACGUCACCGUCUCCCUCACCACCACCAACUCCGCCAUCUCCGACACAUACCACGUCUCCACCAGUCUCUCACACUACUGUCGACCCUCCCGACGAAAACCUGGAUGAUUCUGAUGACGUUGGCACCUCAACAGUGAUACCUGAAAAUCCACCUGAAAUUCUAGGUCGGGGACACCGCAGGAAGCAAGCGCCGGUGACCCUCCGAAAUUUUGUUACCAAUGCCGUCAACGUCGCUCUACUUCCCGGCGGAGGUACAUCGGCUACUUCUCUUUACCCCAUUUCCUCCUAUAUCACAUCAUCUCGAUUUGCUCCACGCCAUCAAGCUUAUCAAGUUGCAGUGAUAAAAAUGGUGGAGCCGAAGUCAUAUAGAUAUGCUGUGACUGAUUCGAAUUGGAGAAUUGCUAUGGGCUCUGAGAUUAAAGCAUUGGAGCUUAAUCAGACAUGGGAUCUGGUCGACUUACCUCCUGGAAAGAAAGCUCUUGGGUGUAAAUAG